AUGGCUGGCGCAGCGAUCGGAGCUGCAGCGGGACCUGUCGGCGCCAUCAUCGGCGCAUUCGCCGGCAGUAUCUUUGGCAGUAUAGCAGCAGCGGCACUAGCGAAUGUACUAACACAAAAAAUAUUCGAUCUGCCCAAGAGUGUUGCCGUAGAAAAUGCUUAUCGGUACUUUGAUCUGAGGCAAUCCUGUUCAAAUGGUGAAGUCAAUUCAGCGUAUCACCGAUUGGCUUUACAAAAACAUCCAGACAAAGGUGGAUCGAAAGAAGAAUUCAUUGAACUUCAAGUGAACCUUGCUCUUAUCAAGAAACAUCGGGACGAUCUCUGA